AUGGUUUCUUCCUCCGUAUCAAGCACUCGUGUGCCAUCCUCUGCGACCGCAAGCUCUCGACCUACUGGCCAAUCCACGGCACUUAUCUCCGCGUACCUGCUGAAGCAGAGCGCGGGCAAGUGGAAUCGCAAACGAUGGAACCAACGCUGGUUCGUUCUAGACCGAGACAGUGGCCUUCUGCGGUACUUUCGUCAUGCCUCGCCCCUGGAGACCGUACCACUAAGACAGGACGCUCACGGGGUGGUUUCACUCAAGCAGGGAGGCGUCUCGCUUGUCGUGCAGGGAGAUCUCCCCUCAGGGGUGCCUACGCCCUUCUGCUUCACAAUUCUGGUGGAGGGCCAACGCGAGUUGAGGAUUUGUGCAGAUACUAACGCGGAGUUUCGACAGCUAAGGUGGCUCUACCGUCGAGUGUGGCGAGUCCGACGUCGAGUACGUCGUCGGCUGUAG